CCAUGCGUUUCCCGGAUAUAACUCCGUGAAAUCGUUUAGUUUUACGUGUCAAAAAUGAGUUUUUUAGAGGUUUGUAGGAUAAAUCCAUUUCUCUCGUGACGGAGAUAUUUUUUAUUUAUUUAAUUUUUUUUCUUUUGACGCUGUGACCAUUUGGGGGAUUAUUCUCCGGAGUCAGAGGUCGUUCUACAAACACCUUUCCUCCAUCAUGGACAAGACCCAUCUCUCAAGCCCUAAUGAUAUUAUAAUGACGAGCUCAACAGGCCCCUAUCAGCAGGAACCCCUGACUCCACCCAGAUCUGCCCAUCACCACUCCUCAUCCUCUUCAAUGUCCUCCCCCUCUCCGUCCUCCUCCUCACCCCUCAAGCCCAACCAGGUCGGCCAGGUCAUCCUGUAUGGCGUUCCCAUUGUGUCGCUGGUCAUUGAUCACAAUGAGAGACUCUGCCUGGCACAGAUUUCCAACACACUCCUCAAGAACUACAGUUACAAUGAGAUUCAUAAUCGUCGGGUGGCGUUGGGCAUCACGUGUGUCCAGUGCACUCCGGUUCAGUUGGAGAUUCUUCGGCGGGCCGGUGCCAUGCCCAUCUCUUCACGCCGCUGUGGCAUGAUCACCAAGCGUGAAGCAGAGCGCCUGUGCAAGUCCUUCCUGGGAGAGAACUCACCGCCCAAACUCCCCGACAACUUUGCCUUCGAUGUGACGCACGAGUGCGCCUGGGGUUGCCGCGGUAACUUCAUCCCGGCACGCUACAACAGCUCAAGGGCCAAAUGCAUCAAAUGCUCCUUCUGCAACAUGUACUUCUCCCCAAAUAAGUUCAUUUUCCAUUCCCAUCGCACGCCAGACGCCAAGUACACCCAGCCCGACGCUGCAAACUUCAACUCCUGGCGACGACACCUCAAGCUUAGCGACAAAAUCCCAGCCGAUGAGUUAGUUUAUGCGUGGGAAGACGUCAAAGCUAUGUUCAAUGGAGGCAGCCGGAAGAGAGCGCUGCCCUCGUCAUCCCACUGCUCCUCCAUGGGCUCUAUGAAGUCUCUACAAGGAUCAGUGGUGCCUCACAUGAUGGGACCCGACCUGGGUGCCCAGAAAAGAGCCCGCUAUGAAGAUGAGGAUGAUCUGGAUGGAGGCAGCCUCUCUCCCCGUAAGACACCUCGUAGCUACCCUGUCAUUCCUGUGCCAAGCAAAGGCUUCGGCAUGCUGCAGAAGUUCCCUCCCACGUCGCUCUUCCCCUCGCCUUACCCAUUCCCUGCGUUCGGCCUCUGCCAGCAGAAAAAAGACGACAGUGACGUUUCAGGUGCGCAGAAAGGAGCAGGGUUGUCGGGUCUUUUGUGGCCAGGGCGCAAAGACACUUUUUAUCCCCCGUUCUGCAUGUUUUGGCCACCGAGAGCAGCAGGAGGAAUCCCUGUCCCCACCUACCUCCAGCCUCAGCCCAGCGCCCUCUCCUCCCUGGCAGACAACCCCUCUCUCAGGCAGGCCUUUUUAGAUCUCUCAGACCCCAGCGAGCCCGGAGCUGUAGCUGGCAGUGGAAACAGUGUCAGCACAACCAUGGCCCCGGGCAACGGGGCGACCGCACCCCGAUCUGGGCUGUUUGACCCAGAGUGCACAACGGUAACCCCCGACCUUCGCCCUGUGACGUCUGAAGGCUGGCUCAAACUCCUGGACACCCCAAAUCUCCAAGCCAGAAAGCCAAGCUACGGCUCAGCGUUCCGCCCUGUGAUCAAGGAUGCUGAGAGCAUUGCCAAGCUCCACAACAACAGCGGAGGUGGCACUGGGGCAAUGGAUGAGGACUUUGGGGUCGUGGUGGCCAGGUCGGACCGCCACCAGCGGCUAUCGCCCAGCAGCAGCUGCAGUUACGGAAGCGAAAGUGGAGGAGACGGAGAGGCAGAGGGAGUGGAGAGUGAGGAGGAGGGGGAGGUGGAUGUGGAGUCGUCGAAGCAGGAGGACGAGGAGGAGGAGGCAAACUUUACGAACAGGCCGUCACAGACUCAGACCAACCUGUACCUCUCUGCACUGAGCGACAAUCCCGGAGAGGAGAGGGGGAAGGAGAGAGGGAGUGGCGCGGCGUAUCCCAGCACCUCCCCUCCCUCCUCCUCGGACCUCAUCCAGCAGGAGUCCCCCAGCCUGCCUGCCUCCCCUACUGCCAGCCUGCCUCUCUCCAGCUCCACCCCACCUCACCGAGAGGACCCAGCUUACAAAAACCUUCACAAAAAUAGAGACGAAGGACUACCUGCGUACGCAACCAAAGACAACUCCAGCAUUUCUGAGGAAAACAAAGAGCAGAAUAGUUUCUUUGUACCGGAGAGUGAGACCUCAGCGCCCGACUACUGGAGGGAAAGCUCAGGUGAUCAAAGCCACGGUGCGACUUCUCCUGUGCCGCUAAAGAAGGAUGUUGAGAACAUGGAGAAAGAGGAGCUCCAGAAGGUUCUCCUGGAGCAGAUCGACUUCAGGAGGAGACUGGAGCAAGAGUUCCACGCUCUGAAGGGCACCUCACCAUUUCCUGUCUUCCAUAACUUCCAAGACCAGAUGAAACGAGAGCUCGCCUACAGAGAAGAGAUGGUCCAACAGUUACAGAUGAUUCCCUACGCAAACAUCAUCAGAAAAGAAAAGAUCAGCUCCCAUCUCAACAAGUAGCUAAUAGAUGGAGGCAACAAAAUCCCACAUUAGAGGAAGAAGCUGCCUGAAUUUCUGUCCCAUGGUCAAUUAAAAAAACAACUUUCAAAUGAUAAUUGACAGAGAAAUAUUGAAGAGAGACGACAAACAGGAACAAAUAUGACACUUCAUAGUAUAUAUAGACAUAUCUUUCAUUUCCCUGGGACUGCAGUGUUGCUGCCUCUGCAGCACAGCCUCUGUUAAUAGCCCUGCACUUCAACUCCGUCUGGUAGGAACACAGUCGGACCAGCUUGUGCUGCUGUUUGGUAGCACGCUGGUAAAAGUUUGACUCUUUGAUCCUCUUCCCUGAGUCCACUUUAUUCCCCAAACUGACUGACCUGAAAGGGGCCCAAACUGGCAAUAUGAGGGGACACAGACGGACUCCUGCUCUUUCCGUCAGACUCAAAGCUUUACCCAACCAGGACCAAAGCAACCACACCCUUCCUUGUUUUUUGUACAUUUUAGGGCUGAAGAUCACCAGGAAGGCAGUCAUAUCGCUCUGAACUUUUCCAAACUCUUAAAAGACGAAGAGAAAAAUGACAGUCUUGACUGCUGCUGGCCCAACUGUACUGUACAUAGACCAAACUGUGGAUGACGAUGGGAUUCACACUAAGAUUGUUGCUGUUAUUAUUGUUGUUGCCCUGAAGAGAAAGAAACAUACCAACCUUUAUUUACUGGCAACAUUUGAUCCCAAAGGGAUUCUCCUCAUCAUGUCCAGUUGUGUUGUUUGAACAAACUAUCCCUGUGAAUACUAAGUAUCAACAUGAUGCACCCAGAGUUUAUCUGCUACAUUUCCCUCACUUGAAUAUGCCAGAUGAAGAACAAAACAAAGGGGAACAAAUAAAUAAAGUAUCAGUGUUUUGGGUUUUAAACCUCAUGAUGCAAUUUGAUCAGUAUUAACACAGGUGGGUAUCACAAAAAGGCUUCGCGCUUUAUGCAAACUGUACAGUUAUUGAGCAGUUUUAGUAUGUGGGUGUGAUUUCUCUGAAUGUACAAAAAAACGUACAGUAUGACAUUCAAUGCAUUUCAGAUUUGACAUUUUUCACCUCUUCUACCGUUAAUUUCUGAGCACAUUGAACAGCUGGAGAGUCCUUUGCCCAAAGGCACCCUGAAGGUGCUUUUUACCCUUCGCCCACUUUUUCAUAGCAUUUAUCGACAGGCUUCACUUCCACUCAGAGGUGGAGGCAGCUGAUUAGAUUUGUGGUGUCUUCAGAUGGACACUGAGAGGCCGUAUCUCUGUGUUUCCAAACGAGCUUGGUCCGGGCCAUUAGCAAGGAAAAAGACUGAAGUUGGUCGGUGUUGUAUAUCUACCUGUAAAUGAUUUCACCUGACUGUAUAACAUGUCAUACGUGUGAAUACUGAACCUCACAGUGUGACUAUCUAUGUGUUUGUUUGUUUAUUUAUUUAUUUGAGUAUCAGGGCUCAACACCCUGACUGUGAAAUAUAAUUUAUUCUAACGUGAAAAGAAAAGGAAAAAGACAUGAUUACGAUGGUGCAGUCAAGUGUAUGUCAUAAAGAAUAAAAAUGACCUCAGCCACCUUGUUUAUAGAAUGAGAUGAAUGAAUGGAUGAAGCUGUCAUUUACU